GGUGUCGGUUGGCGCGCGGCGGGCAGGGCCGGUCGGUGCUGGUGCCGCCGCUGUCAUGGCGCUCGCUUCGCUGCAGCCCCUGGAGGCGCUGAAAUACGUCGAGCUCCAGCGCAUCGCCAAGGCCGCCGGGCUGAGGGCAAACCUUCGGGCAGACAAAUUGUUGGAAUCAUUGAAGCAACACUUUGAAGGGACAAAAGAAGAAAGUGAAAAUAUGGAUCCUGUAAAGAGUGCAUUUGCUUCCAUUAAAUCGGAUGAACUGAGCAAUCAGGAGGAAAUGAUGUCUGAUUCAGGGUCUUUUAUUACAAAAAGACGUGGUAAAGAAAAGAAAAUAACCAGAAAAAAGAGGAACUCCCAUGAGGAAAUGAAUACCAGUGAAGAAAAGCCAGUGCUUUCUGAUGAGAAAGAGGUGCAUUCUGAAAUGGAAGAAAAUGAAGUGCCUCAGGGUGAGCACAAAAAGGGACAGAAUGUAUUACAAAACAAGAAGCAAAUAGCUGAAGAGAGGGCUAUUGAGAAUCCAGGGAUGGGUACUGGACAGAAAAAACAAGUAGAGAAGACUUCUACUAAAAGCAGGGCAGAACAACGUGAUGCUCAUCCUGCAGGAGGGAAGAUUCCUCUACGUGUAGGCCGUGCAUCUAGGUCUGCAAGAACAGGAACAACAGCUACUACACCAAACUUUAAAAAGUUGCACGAGGCUCAGUUCAAGAAAAUGGAAUCUAUUGCUGACUACAUCGAGAGGAAAAAAAAACUGAAUGAAAAUUGCAGCACAGUUAAGAAACAAGCCAGUGGAAAAAGAUUUUUAUUCAGCCCAAAUCCAGAAAGAGGCAGAUUCUCCAACACCUGCACUCCUAGUAACCUCCGGCGCUCACCACGCAGUUCUCUGAAUGCUGUUAAUCGGAGUAUUUUAUCCCAGAGAUCUUCAUUUAAUCCUUCUGUACUUUCAACAUCCAAAAUGAAUGUCAGGUUCUCAGAAGCCACAAAAGAUAAUGAGCACAAACGCUCUCUUAUCAAGACUCCAUCUAGAAUGUCUCCAUACAUGGAGGAGAUCUGCACACCUGACACUCAAAAGAGCUGCAAAUGUAUAAGUCAGAAGAACAGUAAGGGAAAUGCAAGAAAUAAUGAUCUGACUGCAUCAAAGGGUAAAGUGGAUGUUCUUACCCCCUUCAAGUUUGGUGCUCAACCUGCAGAACCCACAAGUGGAAAGAAGACAUUUGAUCUCAAAGCAAGUCUCUCUCGGCCACUUCGGUAUCAGCCACAUAAAGGACGACUAAAGCCAUGGGGAGAAUUUAAAGAAAAUGCUGUUCUCAGUAAGUCUGGUGGUAGCAAUAUCUCUUCACGUAAGAAAGGUUACAAACAGCCGCAUCUCCAGACAAGGGAAGAAAGGCGUGAGACACUUGAGCAAGACAGAAAAAAGAAAAAGGCUCAUGCUCUUGGAAAACGUAGAGGCCUAUCUGUGUGUUAGGACAAAUAAGAAGUCCUAACUAAGACAUCACUGUAAAUACUGUUCCUGUCAUGUAAAGGCUUGUGCUGUCUGUGUAUGGUUCAGGUUGCUAUUAGCUAGUGGAAUCCAGAGAGCAAUUAAGGAGACCUUGUAAUGUGCCCUGAGCAUAAUGUUUCUUUGAUCAACUUCUCCACUGAGAUGAGAGUUCCAAACUUUCAGGGGCUUAGAAUUCUCUUGUUGCUUCAUAAUGUUUUCAUUUAACUAAUUUACUUGACUAAAAUAUGUUCAAGAAGAAAAUACAAGCGGAAAAAAGAUGCUCAAGAAGCCUCCUUGCAACUUAGGAUAGACUUGCGCAUCAGAAUGCACUUGUUGUGUGCUAGAAUGCAGGCUUUGAACAGCAAGCUUCAAAAUGUUCCACAAUAUUCAAAAUGACAAGAGUUAGAAGUACCUGCUUGCCCUGUUCUCCAGAUCAAUCCUUAAAUUCUCUAAAUUGCAGUAAGUAUUCAGCAUUUCUAAUUGCAUGCUUAUGACAUAGUAGGGAAUUUCAAAGAGAGGAGAAAGCAUGCAAGCUCUCUGGAAAACGAAAAGCUUACAGCAUAACAUAAUUGUAAACUACCUUUAAAAAAAAAAAAGUCACAACUGAAUUUACAAAUUACCAACUUUGAUGCUUUGAGCAGUUAAGAUUUUGUUCCUUUCUAUGGUAAAUAGCAGAUGUUAACAAAAUUCUCUUGCUUUUCAUCUCCAAGAUGCUUAAAAGAGGUUAGAGUAGUGUUGAGUCACAUUCAAUACUUUGGUUUUAAAAGCAGUUGUUAUUUUUACAUUAAAAAAUACAUAGAAAAGUUGUCUGGAUUUGUUAGGGAUAGAACUAGAAAGGUAAUUCAGCAGUUGUAAUCUUAGCUGUUGAGCAAAUACAUGUUUCACCGAAUUUAGUGUCCUAUCAAAUAUAUGUUGCAAUGUCAAGAACAAGCUAUUUCUUUUAUAAACUGAAUGGGGAAAAUAAAUAUUUUGUAUCUCUCCUGUUUA